CUUUGUCGCCUCACGUACAACCUUUCGGCACUUGAAGAUGCAGUGCCUUGUAAGCAGUGGUGUUAGGGUCCCAGCGCUUACGCGCGCGCGUCGCGCGCACGCGCCGGCAGUAGGGAGGAGGACUGUGGUCCGUGUCGCCAACGUUGCAGCUAUACCUGAGGCGCCAUCGACAGAUCGCUUCAAACGCAAUGCGGAUGGCACCUAUGACCUUUCGGCGCCUCCACCCUUCACCCUGCAAGACUUGCGCGCUGCCAUCCCUGCCCAAUGUUGGGAGAAGAACACAUUCAAGUCCAUGGCGCAUAUGGCCUUGGAUGUUGGAAUUGUGUUCGGCCUGGCUGCGGCUGCCUACACCAUUAACCAGUGGUGGCUGUGGCCUCUUUACUGGUUCGCCCAGGGUACUAUGUUUUGGGCGCUGUUCGUUGUCGGUCACGACUGCGGCCACCAGAGCUUUUCGAACAACAAGGCCCUGAACGACUUCGUGGGUCAUCUGACGCACUCAUCAAUUCUUGUGCCAUACCAUGGCUGGCGCAUUAGCCACCGCACGCAUCACGCCAACCACGGUCACGUCGAGAACGAUGAGUCGUGGCACCCAGUCACCAAGAAACUCUACGACAAACUGGACUCCUGGGGUCGGGUUGGCCGCCUGUCCAUGCCAUGGGCUCUUUUCGCCUUCCCAUUCUACUUGUGGAAGCGCAGCCCGGGCAAGGAGGGUAGCCACUACGACCCGGAGUGCGAUUUGUUCACGGAGUCUGAGCGCAACCAGGUCCUCACCACAAACGCCUACCUACUCGGAAUGGUCGCGGUCCUCGUGGCGUGCACCGUCAAACUGGGCCCGCUAGCCAUGUUGAACUUGUACUUUCUGCCAUACUGGAUCAACGUUGUAUGGCUCGAUGUCGUUACUUACCUGCACCACCACGGCAGUCACGAUAUGAAUGAGAAGAUGCCUUGGUACCGUGGCGAGGAGUGGAGCUACCUGCGUGGUGGGCUUACGACCAUUGACCGCGAUUACGGUAUCUUUAACAAGAUCCACCAUGACAUCGGCACCCACGUCGUGCAUCACCUAUUUCCCCAGAUCCCGCACUACAACCUCGAGGCGGCCACUGAGGCUGUCAAGCCCGUCAUGGGGCCUUAUUACCGUGAGCCUGUCAAGUCACCGGGCCCUCUGCCAUUCCACCUGGUGGAGCCGUUGGUGCGCUCCUUCACUAAGGACCACUACGUUGCCGACACUGGCGACAUCGUGUUCUACGAGACGGACCCCAAGUUCCCGUCGAUCGGUUCCGCUGCCACUGCCAGUCCCAAGCAGUAAUGGACUGGCUUUGGGGACUGGUAGUGCGCUAGCUGACGACCUCUAGCGUUAGGGGUGUUUCAGCUGGCGCGGAGUACAAAGGUUCAGAGGGCCAUUCUGGCACGCCAAUUGAUAAAUGUGCCGCUUUGGAAGGGCGGAGGUUUCAUGUAUUGGUUGUUCCUUUUAGCUAAGGGGAAAGACAUCUCGUGUGCUGCUGGAUAUUGGUUGACUGCCGGAGCCGAUAAAGCUGGGCUUUAGGAUAUAAUGUGCUUGUCGGCGAUGAGAUGUGACAUCAGCUGCGAUGAGUGUGGACCUGCGUUAGCACUUCACGCCAUCCCGGCUAAGCAGCAGCGGGGUUGGCCGUUGGGACGGCUUCGGGUGACUAAGCAUGAGUCUCCCAAGUGAACACGGGUUCGCCUUGUUGGUGAUCUGUACACGACCUUUGGUUUCUUGCCGCCAGGGGUGAGGUGCAGACGCGUGCGCAAGGUUCCGAGGGUUUGAGUGAGCGUGUGAAUCCAAGGAAUGACGUUUCCUUGUUCAUUUCAAGACUCCACCAUUUUCGGCCGAAGAAACGACAGAAUUCAGCCAGAGACGUGUUUGUUUUGUAUGGUGUACCAUUCCUUUCAUGUGUUCUAUCGUGACUCAAAAGACCCAUGUACACGUUUCAAUGUUUUUUACGGCUUCCUUCGCUGUUUACCACUCGUUGUUUGUGUAGCGAUGCAUAUUCAGGAAUACUGAGCUAAUUAUGCAUCAUAUGAGAAUUUCUGGUUAAGCAGCCCCUCGCAG